UGCCCGGCCCCCGCCCCUCCUCCCUCCCUUCCUCCCUUGCCUUCCAGGUCCCCCGCCGGCGACCCGCCGGCAGGCACUGCCUGGUCUGCACCACUUGGGGCCGGAUCCCCGCGAAGCGGCCAGAGGGGCGGCCCGGCGCACCGAGCCGGGGCCCCGGCGCGCCCCUAGGCCCUCCCUCCUCCGCGUGGGGGCGGCGCAGAGCUGGAGCAUCCGCGGGGUCCCGGGCACCACUGACCGCCUCGGGCAGCCGCGCGCUCAGCGGCUCCCCACUUGCCCGCGCCCCGUGGCGGGGGCGGCGGCGAGAUGGCGGCGCGUGUCGGCCUCCUGCUGCGCGCCCUGCCGCUGCUGCUGUGGGGCGGCCUGGACGCCCAGCUCGCCGAGCGCGGAGGCCAGGAGCUGCGCAGGGAAGCGGAGGCAUUCCUGGAGAAGUACGGAUAUCUCAAGGACCAGGUCCCCCAAGACAUCACCUCGACAAGAUUCAGCAAUGCCCUCAGAGAGUUCCAGUGGGUGUCCCAGCUGCCCAUCAGUGGCGUGCUGGAUACUGCCACCUUGCGCCAGAUGACACGGCCCCGCUGUGGGGUUGCAGACACAGACAGUCAGGCAGCCUGGACGGAGAGGAUCAGUGCCUUGUUUGCUGGACGCCUGGCCAGAAUGAGGCGGAAGAAACGCUUUGCAAAGCAAGGCAGCAAGUGGUACAAGCAGCACCUCUCCUACCGCCUGGUGAACUGGCCACAGCACCUACCCGAGCCAGCAGUUCGCGGGGCUGUUCGAGCUGCCUUCCAGCUGUGGAGCAAUGUCUCGGCGCUGGAGUUCUGGGAGGCCCCAGCCACAGUCCCCGCUGACAUCCGCCUCACCUUCUUCCAAGGGGACCACAACGACGGACUGGGCAACGCCUUUGAUGGCCCAGGGGGCGCCCUGGCGCACGCCUUCCUGCCCCGCCGUGGCGAAGCGCACUUCGACCGCGACGAGCGCUGGUCCCUGAGCCGCCGCCGCGGGCGCAACCUGUUCGUGGUGCUGGCGCACGAGAUCGGCCACACGCUCGGCCUGGCCCACUCGCCCGCGCCGCGCGCGCUCAUGGCGCCCUACUACAAGAGGCUGGGCCGCGACGCGCUGCUCAGCUGGGACGACGUGCUGGCGGUGCAGGACCUGUAUGGGAAGCCCCAGGGGGGCUCAGUGGCCAUCCAGCUCCCAGGAAAGCUGUUCACUGACUUCGAGGCCUGGGACCCCCACAGAACACAGGGAAGGCGCCCUGAAAUUCAGGGUCCUAAAUAUUGCCAUGCUUCCUUCGAUGCCAUCACUGUAGAUGGGCAACAGCGACUGUACGUUUUUCAAGGAAGCCACUUCUGGGAGGUGACACCGAAUGGCAAUGUCUCUGAGCCACACCCACUACAGGAGAGGUGGGCAGGGCUGCCCCCCCACAUUGAGGCUGCUGCAGUGUCACUGGAUGAUGGGGACUUCUACUUCUUCAAAGGGAGCCGAUGCUGGAGGUUCCGGGGCCCUAAGCCAGUGUGGAGUUCACCACAGCUGUGCCGGGCAGGAGGCCUGCCCCGUCACCCAGACGCGGCCCUCUUCUUCCCUCCUCUGGGUCGACUGAUACUCUUCAAGGGUGCCCGCUACUAUGUGCUGGCCCGAGGUGGACUGCAGGUGGAGCCCUACUACCCCCGAGGCCUGCAGGACUGGGACGGUGUCCCUGAGGAGGUCAGUGGCGCUCUGCCCCGGCCCGACGGUUCUAUCAUCUUCUUCAGGGAUGACCGCUACUGGCGCCUUGACCAGACCAAACUGCAGGUGACGGACUCGGGCCGCUGGGCCACAGAGCUGCCCUGGAUGGGCUGCUGGCACGCCAACUCGGGGGGUGCCCUAUUUUGAAGACGCCCCCACCUCUUAGUGAAUUGAUGCCCUAUGGCCAACGUGUGUCCCCUGCCCCAGGGGCAAGUCCUGUCUUGGAAGCCUCUGAGCCUCCCUGCAGAAGACCAGACCACGUCUGCAUCUGUUCCCUGAAGAAUGUGCUCUCAAGACAUUGAACUUUGUGGGAUCAAUCCAAGCAAAGCCGAAAAGGGUCUCAAACCUUACCCCAAAGGACUUUCCUCCCUAAGCCUUGGGGAUUUUGUUCCUUCUGCUAAAGGUGCCCUUCCUGUCCAUGAGGCCGUGGGAGGAUGUAAACCUCCAUGGAGAGGUUGCGACCACUUGGCAACCUCUCCUUCCCCUCAGGACCUCCUGGCUCAGUUCUUGGAGAAUUGUCUUAAAUGAGAGGCCUCACCUCCAGGAAGCUUGGGUGGGUUGGGUACAAGGAUUUCCAACCUCAGAGAGCCUUGGGUGGGAGGGAAGGGGGUGGUUAGGACCCAGAGCAAGAGGGAGACUGAUGCAGGCCUGCUGGGCCUGACUUUUGGUGGGGGGUGGGGAGGCUGGAAUAAAGAGGUGCCCCCCCCAGCUUCUGGGCCUGGAGGCAGGCAUCAAUCUUCCUUGGGAUGGUUGCCAGUGAAGAACAGGUGGGGCACGAAUGCUGGAGAAGCUGGAACCAUGUUCUUUCAUCCAAGCCAAGACUUGUGUGUGAGUAGUUGCGAUGCGGAGAGGGGGCCUGAAAAAGCAACAUGUCCCCGCCCUCCCUUACCCCCCCCAGGCCAGAUGGAGAGUCAUGGGUGGCAAGGAGAGGACAGGGGCCUCUCUGGAGGGCUGCUCUGCUGCAGGCGCUGGGGUCUCUGCAGGCUGGGGGAGGCCUGGUACUCACAAUGGCCCCAUUCUUCGGGCCACACACGCAGCAUUCCAGGAGCUCCUGCUGGCUGGCCAAGAAUAGCUGGGAUUCCUGGAGAAGGAACCAGCUCCCCAGCCUCUCUGUCUUCUGCCUCAGGCAGUCUCCGUCUUAGCAUCUGGGUCUCUUGUCCUCCCCCCUCCACACCUGCCAGUGCCUCAUUUGCACACACAUUGACCUUGGCAAGACCAGGCUUCCAGCAGAAGGGGAGAAAGAUCUGGCAAGAUUCAGCCCUCAGCUCCCCACGGGCAUUUCUGGCCCUGCGCCUUCAUUUUCUUCUCUGUGCAGUGGGGGGAAAUGGCCUUUGACUGCCCUUGGAUGCAACUGCUUUGUUCCGCCCAGUCCUGGUGGGGAUAGAGGGAGGAGGCUCUUGGCCUGCCCUUUUCUCUCUGGCUUGAACCCUGGGGAGGGGAAAUGAGGGUCUUUAUCACCCUCAAGGGAGCCGCCUGGCCCCCACCUCGAGGCACUGACACUUUGAUUAGAGGCUUUAUUGAAUGAGGGGCAGGGGCAGGUUUCUCAGCGGUGAGGGAACCCAGGGGUUAGUUUCUCGAGGCAAUGCCUCUGCCCACUGGGUCAGACGGACCUGAAAUACCCAAGAGAUGAAUGUGAGGCUGUGCCAGGGGACGUGAGUCAGGUGGGCGGUAGGCACUGUGUGCCCCCCCCCCCCGGGGCGGAAGCCCUCGGGAGGCGCUAACGGAGGCAUGGAGCUCCCGGUGAUGCUGGGCUCAGCCUUGGGUGGACGCUCGGUGACAGGUGGGCCCACUUGCCGGCUCAGAGGAGGCGCUCCGGGCAGGGCGGCUCUGGGAAGGGGCUGUUCUGCGGAAUGUGCUGGAGAACGCCCCGCGUCAGAGGAGAGGAGAAGGUGGCGGGGAGGCUGGGGUCAGGCGAGGACGUAGGGCACAAAGGCUGGCAGUGGGGGCGCUCAGGGGCCCCCGGCGGCCCCCGCGCCCCCCGAAGCCCGCGCCUCACGCAGAUCCGGGUGUUCCAGAAGGCAGUGCGCCACGUAGGCCGGGUGGCUGUGCAGGUUCCUGCACUUCUUGCAGAAAAGGAUCUCGCAGCGCGCACAGCCCCCGGCGCGCGGCGGCCGGCGCCGCGUCUCCAGCACGCACGGCGGCUCCGGGAGGCUCCGCUUCCUGCGCGGGGCCCGGGACGCUCAGUGCCCCGCCCGGUCCCCGCCCACCGCGGCCUCGCGCGUGCGGCCCGCCCCGGCCAGGGCGCGCCCUCACCUGUCCGCCGGAGCCGCCAGGCCGCCGAGCAGCACGAAGGGGCUGAGCCAGCCCCAGAAGCCGCUGUCCGCGAGCCGCAGCAGCGCCACCUGCUGGGUGCUGGACUCCUGGCGCAGCGGGCAGUAGGACACGGAGUCCCGCUCGCGACCCUCGCCGCCCUCCGCCUCCCGGCACUGCGCCUCGCCCUCGGCCGCCGUCUGCUCCCGCGGCCUCUCCUCCUCGUCCUCGUCGUCGUCCUCCUCUUCCUCCAACCCCUCCUCCUCUUCCUCCGCCGCCGCAGCCUCUCUGGCCUGCGGCUCUACCAGUUCCUUCUUCCACAAGGGAGUCUUCACUCCUGCGGGAGGGAGGAGGUCAGCGCGGGCCCGCUGUCCCCGGGGAAGAGCCGGGUACCCUGACUGUUGUCCACAACCCGACCCCCCAAAGAGACAGGCGCCUGAAGGACGGUGUGCACGAGACGCACCAGGCUAGGAUUUCGAAGAGAGUUUUACGGAGUGUGCAGGAUUUUCCCGGACGAGACAAGGCCUGCAGGGCUGUCCCCCCACCCCCCCGCCAUUUCCUAGGUUUCUACUCUUCCUUGCUGAGGAUUCGGGGCAAGUCAUGUCAAGCUCUGUGUCCCCAUCUGUCAAAAGCGGUGCCCAUCGUGAGGCAGGUAUCAGGUCGCAUCUCUGUAAAGUGCCCAGCCCAGGGCUUGCUGGGAGGCAAUCAUCAAGGCGCAGCAACUAGGGCUGCGACCCUGAACCCGAACCCGGAGGCUGUGCUGGCUCAUCACCACCUUCCUUCUCAUUGGCUCUAGGGUGGGAACUGAUCUCUGUGGAGGCUGUCAAUAAACACUGAAGUGCAGCUUUUCUA